AUGCCAUUUUGGUAUAUAACGUUUAUAUAUUUCUUCUCUUUCCCGUCUCUUUGCCAGUUGUUUUUUUUUCUAUUUCCCCCUUUAUUCGUGCUGUUUUCUAUCACGCAUUUGUUUUCCCUUAAAUUUUUUCUUUCCCGCCAUACAUUUGCACGUCUGAGAAAAAGGACGGAUGUAUUUUGCACACAGCCUAGCGGACAUUAUUGUAAGAACAAUACGCCAUCAUUGGGAGAAGUAGUUCUUGUCUCUCACUCUCCGUUUGUCUGUCUCUCGUUUUCUUUUCAUAUUCUACUAACUAUUUCUCUUUCUCUCUCUCUCUCUCUUCCUAAAUUUUCAUUCCCUUUUUUAUCUUUCAGCUUAUCAGUCUCGCUUGUCUUUCUGGUUACUCCCGUUAAUUUUUCGAUUCUCUCCAUCAAACCAGUUUCUCCUGAUAAUUAUCUCCGUCUCUCUCUCUGUGUAACUUUUCCCAUUACUGUCGCUCCGUUUUUCUUUUUCUCCCCCUUUCUCUUUCGGUUUUAUCUCUCCCUCUCAAGUCUUCACGUCUCUCUUCUUCUCUCUUUUUUCAUUCACCUUUCUUUUAGUCUCUUGUUUUUGAAAUCUUUCUUCUCUCUCGCUUUUCUGUUUCGAUUUACUCUUUUUAUUUCUCUUGCUUCUUUCUCUCUCCCUCUCUUUCUUUUUCUUGCUUCUUUCUCUCCCUCUCUUUCUCUUUUAUUUCUCUUGCUUCUUUCUCUCUCCCUCUCUUUCUUUUUCUUGCUUCUUCCUCUCCCUCUCUUUCCCUUUUUAUUUCUCUUGCUUCUUUCUCACUCUCUCCCUUCUCUUUCUCUUUCUAUUUCUCUUGCUUCUUUCUCACUCUCUCCCUUCUCUUUCUCUUUCUCUUGCUUCUUUCUCUCUCCCUCACUUUCUUUUUCUUGCUUCUUCCUCUCCCUCUUUCUCUUUUUAUUUCUCUUGCUUCUUUCUCUCUCUCCUUCUCUUUCUCUUUUAUUUCUCUUGCUUCUUUCUCUCUCCCUCUCUUUCUUUUUCUUGCUUCUUCCUCUCCCUCUUUCCCUUUUUAUUUCUCUUGCUUCUUUCUCACUCUCUCCCUUCUCUUUCUCUUUCUAUUUCUCUUGCUUCUUUCUCACUCUCUCCCUUCUCUUUCUCUUUCUCUUGCUUCUUUAUCUCUCCCUCACUUUCUUUUUCUUGCUUCUUCCUCUCCCUCUUUCUCUUUUUAUUUCUCUUGCUUCUUUCUCUCUCUCUCUCUCCUUCUCUUUCUCUUUUUAUUUCUCUUGCUUCUUUCUCUCUCUCUCUCCUUUCUCUUUCUAUUUCUCUUGCUUCCGUCUUUCUCCAUCUCUCUCUCUCUCUCUCUCUCACUCUCUCUCCCUCUUUCUUUAUCCCGGCGUUGACUGUUUCUUCGUCUUACCUAAACUCUCGUUGGAGUCCUUACUGAGGAUCGAAAUCACUACCCUAACUAGGUGGGGUGCGACAUCAACAUUUUAUCUAUCUAUCUAUCUAUCUAUCUAUCUAUCUAUCUAUCUAUCUAUCUAUCUAUCUAUCUAUCAGUUUCACAAACACUGUCUCUUCUUAUCUAUCUAUCUAUCUAUCUAUCUAUCUAUCUAUCUAUCUAUCUAUCUAUCUAUCUAUCUCCUCUUUUUUUAUAUCUAUCUAUCUAUAUAUUUAUCAAGUCUCAAUUCAUAUCUAUCUAUAUAUUUAUCUAUCUAUCGAUUCUAUCAAUCUCUUCAUAUCUAUCUAUCUAUCUAUCUAUCUAUCUAUCUAUCUAUCUAUCUAUCUAUCUAUCUCAUCUCUAUUCAUCUAUCUAUCUCAUCUAUCUAUCUAUCUAUCUAUCUAUCUAUCUAUCUAUCUAUCUAUCUAUCUCAGUCUGUCCCAAUCUAUCUCUAUCUAUCUAUCUAUCUAUCUAUCUAUCUAUCUCAUCUGUCCCAAUCUAUCUAUCUAUCUAUCUAUCUAUCUAUCUCAGUCUAUUCAUAUCUAUCUAUCUAUCUAUCUAUCUAUCUAUCUAUCUAUCUAUCUAUCUAUCUAUCUAUCUAUCUGACAUUCAUUAUGACCAUUCCUGUUCAUAUCACUGUAUUUUCUCCGCUAACCAUUGAGUUUAUUUUUAGUUUGAUUCUCAUUGGAUACCUCACAAAGUUUACUUUACUCUAUCUAUCUAUCUAUCUAUCUAUCUAUCUAUCUAUCUAUCUAUGA